UAAAUAAUAACACGUCGACUGCAGUUGUGUCUCUUCUUCCUCCUUUUCUUCUUCUUCUUCUUCUCCUCUUUUUCAAGGUUUAAUGCUAAAAAAUUCAGCAGAAAUUUCUUUCUUUCACUCUUUUGAAGUUUAUUCUCUACUUGUUGACUCCAUCACUCUUCAUCUUAGUCUUCUCCACCCAAAUCUCUCACCCUCACUCUCCAAAUAUUCUGCUUAUGUCACCCAUUUCUCUUUUUGUUUUGACUCAUAGCUUAGGUUCUCAUAAAAUUAAACUUUUGUGUCCGAUAAUAGAUCAUCUUUUACCUUUUUUUUUUGUGUGUUCCCCCCGGUGCUUUUUUGGUUCUUAGCCUCCUAACCUGAUUUAUCUGGGUAUUUCAGUUCUCCCCCUCAGUUUUUUGCAUCUGCAUUUUAUGGUCCAGAGAAGAAACAAAGAAGGUGAAAUGCCUGGAGGAAUGCUUGGAGUUUGGAAAUGAGAGGUUUUGCGCGUGUAAGGGCUCAUGCUCCUGAAGAUAUGCGAGUUUGGAUGAUUUGAUUUUUUUCCCUCUUUACCAUUUUGCGGAAAGGCAAAGAAAGAGCUUGGGACCUGAGAAGGAAAAAUGGAGCUUUGCACAUGAAGCAUUUUUGGUGAUUUGGUCUUUGUGGAAGAGAUAAUGGAGGUUGACAAAAAGAAGUCGAAGGGAGGUUUUCUUCUUUUGUUUGAUUGGCAUGGCAAAUCCCGCAAGAAGCUGUUUGCAAACAAUGCUGACCUUCCUGAAGGGUCAGAACAACGGAAAGAGACUGUGGAGAGUGAUGCAAAGUCAAGGCUUCAUUUGCACUCUGAACUCGAUGAGAGCAGAGAAAGUUCGAGUAAUAAAGGAAGUAUUGAUUUUAACUGCACUUCAUCAGUCGCUAGCGAUGAAGGAUAUGGAGCUAAGGCUCCUGGAGUGGUUGCUAGACUUAUGGGUUUAGAUUCUUUACCAAUCUCAAAUGUUCCAGAAGCCCGUGCUACCGCUGUUCGAAAUUCCCACUUUCAUGGUUUAUCUCAUCCUGAGAAGAAAAUGCAGGAAGUUUGGAAUGUCUAUCACCCCAUGGAAUACCUCAGUGCUCCUAAUAAGUUGGAUAGUGUUUUUUGGAAUCCUGCAGAAUCAAAGGUCAAUAAGGUUCGAAGCAAGCCCAUUGAGAGAUUUCAAACUGAAUCAUUGCCUCCAAAAUCUGCUAAAUCAAUUCCAAGUACCCACCAUAAGCUGUUGUCUCCUAUUAGUAGUCCGGGGUUCAUUCCUACAAGAGAUGCAGCUUAUGUAAUGGAGGCAGUGGCAAAGAUAAUUGAAGCAAAUCCGCAAGGAACUGCCAAGAAAAAGGUGUCUGCUAUAGGUUCUUCAUCUGUUCCCUUGAGGAUCCGGGAUUUGAAAGAGAAGCUGGAAGCUGCAGAUAAAGCAUCAAAACCUCAAACACCUAUUUAUCACAGUGCCGCAAAGUGUAUGAAAGGACAGUGUAAUGGUAAGAGCAACAUCGUAUCAGAAUGCACCAAGAACUCUGUGGCUUCAGGAAAGGGGAAUUCUAAUAAUUCAAGGAAGAAAGGGAAGUCAGUAUCGCUUGCAGUCCAAGCAAAGGUCAAUGUCGAGAGGAGAGAAGGAUCCAUUUCAAGUAGUAGGAGUUCAGAACUGAAGAAAGAGAGUGAUAACAAAGCAAAACAGGCUUUAAGGAGUCAACCAGAUACACAAAAGACUUUUCCUAAAGGAACUUCCCUGAAUAAGACUAAGACUGUGCUGAGACAGAACAACCAGAAGCAGAAUUGCAAAGACAGUUCGACUUUGAAAAGUUCACCUCCUAACCAAGGAUGCAGACAGCCUAAGUCGUCCAUGAAUGUUUCGUCUGGUGCAAAUAGGAGCACUAAUAAGGUUGUUCUUGACUCUGAAGUUACAUCCAGAAAGCCAGGUUCUACGACAACUUAUACUGAUAGGAAUUUGUCUAGGAGAAAGAGUUCCGGAAAGAAACAGUCUGCAAGUGGGGAUCCUGAAGAAAGGAUUUCUGAAAAUUUAUUGAUUAGGAGCGGUAAAAAGUCCGUAAAAUGUAAUGUUACAACAGACGGGGAUAUGAACUGGAGCACAGAUAGCCCAAAAAAAGAUACAGAUAUUGUCUCAUUUACAUUUUCCUCACCCCUGAAAAGGUCAAUGCCUGACCCUCAGUCAUCGGGUGAAGGGAUAGAAAAGGAUAUCAGCUUUGGUAAUAAUUUUUCGGGUGACAAUGAUAUCCCUUAUUCAAAAAGUUCAGCAUUCUUUUCCCACGGCUUUAAUGUAAUAGGUAGUGAUGCUCUAAGUGCUCUUUUGGAGCAAAAGCUUAGGGAACUAACUUGUAAAGUUGAUACAUCCACAUGUCAUAUGAUCAGGGAGGAAAAGUCAGAAUUAGCUUCUGAAAUUUCAUUCCCUAGAAUCAAUGGGGUGAACACCUCGUCAUCAGAACUUGUUGAAAGGCUUCCACAUGGUUUUGAUAAAGAUUUACGAGAACGUCUUGAUGACUCUGAUUGUAUUUCAGCUGACAAUCAAGGACUUGACUUAAACCAGAAGUUGCCGGUUUGUCUCUUGAUUUCUUACACUCUUCUUUGUUAUUAUUCUUCCAUUAUAUGCAGCGAGCAGUUUUUCUUAAAUCAACAAGAAUUCAAUUGGUUUCCUGCAAAUGAAUCUCAAACAGUCGAAGAUGAGGCAGAAGUGUCUGAAUCAGCCUCUUCCAUAUCUAUAGGAACUUUCAGUUUGCUAGAAUCUAAAGAACCAAGUAAAUGGGAACUCGAGUAUGUGAGACGUAUACUGAAACAUGCGGACCUAAUGUUAACAGAGUUUGCCUUGGGUCAAAUUCGCCGGCUCUUACCCCGUAGUCUCUAUUACCAGCUAGAGAAUCAAGAGAGUACAAUGGAGAGCAAUAAAGAAGAGUACUCCAAGCUGAGAAGACGGGCUUUGUUUGAUUGUGUAAGUGAAUGCCUGGACCUAAUGUGUCGACAACUUCUCAGUGGAAGCUUCAGGGCAUGGGUAAAAUGUGCAGAUCUGUUCCAAAGAAAAGGGUGGUUGGCGGAAGAAUUGUACAAGGAGAUUAUAUGUUGGAAUAGCAUGGGAGAUUUGAUGGUUGAUGAGCUUGUUGAAAAGGAUAUGAGCUCCCGGCACGGGAGAUGGCUUGAUUUUGAACGAGAAGCAUUUGAAGAGGGUGUAGAGAUUGAGAACGUGAUACUAACUUCUUUAGUUGAUGAAUUGGUUUCUGAUUUACUUCUCUUUUGAAGCCUUUCUUUAUUGAAAUUCCACUAUAACUACCUAGAAAACUGAUCAUCUUCUGGAUCUUGUAUGGUUUUCGUUGUUAGUGAAAAAAGUAUAUAUUUAUACUUCUCUCAAUAUGUAAAGCACUGAGCAACAAUAUGCUGAUUAUUGAACAGAAGAUCUGCAUACAGCAUGAUCAGAGGUUGAUUCUGGCUCCUAAAAUUUAGCUUUGCUCUC